UUCGUUCAAAAUCUAACUUAUCUGUGUACUCAAAUUCAAGUUCAGCGGGUCGCUUACCAACUCUCUUUCGAAUGGAGAGUGAUGAAUAUAUGGGACGACCUGCUGCAGCACGUAGUUGAGGCAAAGUCGGUGUGGGAAUUUAAGAAAUUCCUGGACAAACACUUUGCCGAUAUAAAAUAUAUUGAUCGUACCCCAACAUAACUGGUCUUUGUCCCUGGGUGACAUAAGAUGCAAGAUCCACAACAUUUGGCCAGUGACGUCAACUCGGGUCUGGCAACUUGUAUCCGCAUAUGCUGCUCUAUGGUGUUACAACCUCGCUUUGUCUCAAUCAGCGGAUGAUCACCGAUUAAGAGAGUGGUACGCGCUAAACGCCCUUGUUGGAGUUGCAUCAGCAAAGCGGUUGCAGCAUGAUUACUGUCCUGCCGAUGUGGCGAAAGGAAAUUCCCAAGAACAUGCAACAUCUCACUUAACAUCCCAAAACGAUUUUCUCUCAGCAUCUGCUUUUCUGCCCGAUGAGCUCAACAUUAGUGUUUACGAACAAAUCUGCCGCAUAAGUCUUGGUUUACUCCCAACUGUUGAACCGUGCACUAACCACGAAUUUCCUUUCAUACACAACGUUCACGAUUUAUGUGAGGAAGAUCAGCCCAUUGACUUACUCAUUUUGAUUAGUUCCAAAAUGGUCAAUUUUGAGCAAAGGGAGGUCGUUCGUCGGCUUUGGGGAAGCAGCGAAUGCUGGUUAGGCGCUCAAGUACGCCAUGCCUUUUUGCUCGACAUUCAAGCUGGAGCCAUGCUUCCUGAUCCCGGUGUAAUGGAAGAACAAGAAAUAUACAACGACAUAAUACAACAGCAAUACCCGGUUAGCUCAGAAAAUGUCACAUCCUACAGGUUGCUACUGGGAAUACAGUGGUCGCUCGCAUUCUGUCCUCAAGCGAAAUGGUUACUGUUUGUGAACGAGGAUCAUUUUGUCAAUCCAUACAACACCAUCAGCUUUUUGCUCUCUAUUAGUGAAGCAAUGCGACAGCGUCUCGUGGUCGGUUCAGUAUGGUACGAACCGACUGAGAAAGUGGUCGAAAAGGUGUUGUUUAAAGCAACAACAAAGCACGAGCCGAAAGAACGCUAUCCAACAUUUGUUGCUACAUCAGCCAUGUUUGUCAGCCCUGUAUUGGCUCCAAGCAUCUACCUAACCAUGCGGUACACUGAAUUGGCCACACAUCCAGACUUAUUUUUUGCUAAGGUGUUGCUCAGGCUGUUCCUGUUACCUGCUCACUUUGAUGAUAUUUAUGCCCAUGAUCGUAAGCCAAUUGCGGAGAAGUUGAAAGAACGGGCAAUUGUUUUCCCUUGUGGAGGAAGACAUAAUCAAACUAAAAUGUGGGCACGGCUAAAAUGUGAUAAAUAUUGUUAGCAACUAACACCACCAGGCUGAAAGUAAGGAUGAAAUGGAGUUUGCCUCAUGAAAUAGAUGUGUUAUGUUGAUUAGCCCAAUUCCAUGGCGGUGUGAAAGAAAGGAAAAGCACAAAUAUUCAAUGUUUUCCAGCUUACGCAAAAAGCAAAAUAAGAUGGACGACAUUUUGUGAUACGACUUUGUCUCUUAUUCGGCUGCAACUCUUCCGCGCGAUGUUUAUCAAUCGCACGCUGAAUCUUGACUGUCUCGUAUGUCGACUUUUUGGUUUUCAUUUUAUGUAACUAUGUCGGAAGUAUACGUUUGCACUAUGUUACUGCUAGCUCGAAGAAGCGAGCAAGCGUUCCGUGAAAGACUGCAAACCCUAGACGCCAAAUGCAUAUUUGGUACGCACUC